CGUCAUUCCAUUUAAAUACCGGUCUCAAUUUCCCAAUAUUUCUCCUUCCGUCAGGAAUUGCAAUCCCUAGAUUUCUCUAUCCGGACCCAUCCAUGCGUCUACGUUGAGGACACUUCUUGAAUCGUCUUCUUCAGCACCAUCUGGAAUUGCGGAUUGGUCUUUUGCGAUUUUUGUGAUGGACGGGAACAAAGACGAUGCUUUGAAAUGUUUGAAAAUCGGAAAAGAAUCUUUGGAAGCUGGGAAUCGGACCCGUGCCUUGAAAUUUGUGAAUAAAGCUCGCCGUCUUGAUCCGACGCUCUCCGUUGACGAUCUCUUAUCGGAAAUUCAGAACGUUUCCGGUGAAGAUUUGGGUGUUAAUAGUGGAGAAUCUGGGAAUAGGUCGUCUGAUACCUCUUCAUCUAAGCCCUCGGAUAAGCCUUCGAUUCGCCGUAGGGUUCCGCCCUCGGGGUCUUCCGAAUCUUCAACAUCGGCCACUUACACGGAAGAGCAGAUUGAGGUUGUGAGGAAAAUUAAGAAGAAGAAGGAUUAUUACGAGAUUUUGGGAUUGGAGAAGAGUUGUAGUACUGAGGAUAUUCGAAAGGCAUAUAGAAAGCUGUCUUUAAAGGUCCAUCCAGAUAAGAACAAUGCUCCUGGCGCCGAAGAAGCGUUUAAGGCUGUAUCAAAGGCGUUUCAGUGUCUGAGUAACGAGGAGAGUCGGAAAAAGUAUGAUGUUGUUGGGUCUGAUGAGCCAGUUUACGAGAGACAGACUACAAGACGUGGUGCAAAUGGAUUUAAUGGGUUUUACGAAGCUGAUAUUGAUGCAGAUGAGAUAUUUAGAAACUUCUUCUUCGGUGGAAUGGCACCUACAACCACACAGUUUCGUACUUUCAAUUUUGGCCCUGGAAUGGGACAUAGAACAGCUGAUCAGGGAUCAGGUGGUGGCCUUCGGACUCUCAUUCAAUUGCUCCCUGUGCUGUUGAUAUUGCUUUUGAACUUCUUGCCAUCCUCAGAACCUAUCUAUGCUCUGUCCCGCUCCUAUCCCUAUGAAUUCCAGUUCACCACUCAGAAGGGUGUCAAUUAUUAUGUGAAAUCAACAAAAUUUGAGGAGAAGUAUCCACCUGAUAGCCCUGACCGCAUGUCACUUGAGCGGCACAUAGAGAGGGAGUACUUUAACAUUCUUGCUCAGAAUUGUCGUGUUGAGAUGCAACGUCGGCAGUGGGGAUUAAUAAGGGAAACUCCAUAUUGUGAUAUGUUACAGAAGUUUCAGUCAGCUGCUUCGUGAAUGAACGAAAGAUGGCUUCUAUUAAGCUGCAACUACUGCAAGGCGGGGUUGCUUUAUCUGCAAUUAACUCAACUAAUGUGAAAAAAGUGAGCCUCUUAUUUCAAAUGUUUUGCUUCUCUUCUGCAUCCGAAGUUACCAUCAAAUGUCCGUGUCUGGUAGCUAGCUUGCAGCAGAUUAGGUGGUUGAGUAAUAUUGGGACCCCAAAGCUUAGAUAGUCAUAAAAGUCACAGUAUCAAUUAAUACUAACGUGUGUUGUGGUGUUAUUACUUUUUUUUACUGUCUCAUGCUCUCUGUCAUUCAAUUUUCAGUAUAUUUGAGUGAUUCACAUCGAUUGUUUCAUGGAAAUUGUUGGAAUAAAACUGAAGAACUUCAUUGAGUAAUAAUUUAAGUGGUAAUUUUCAGA